AUGAACACUCCACCCUCUCAUCAAUCCUCUCUCGCCUUUGAUUUUUGCUCCUCAUUUAUCAAUUCCAUACUCGAUGAUAAAUUUCGUGCACUAAACAACACCUUUCAACUUGGAAUGACAGUUCCAAAUUCCUACAAUCCAUCUCUCAAUCUCGAAGCUUUUCACUACAUUUAUGCAUAUAAAACUGAAUAUCCCAGACUCUAUCCAUUGUUAAAUUGUCACUUAAAGAUGACCCCAUAUAACGCUCGACCUCGGUUGGAUUCAUAUGACUUUUCUCGUGGACUCACCGCAGCACUCAUAAAACUUCCAAAAUACGAAUUAGAGACCUUCAGAGGGACUGCCUUAUCGACCAUACCAAUGGUUGGUGAUUAUAUCACAAACACUGGAUUUGUUUCGACCUCUAAAAAAGCAACUGUUGCUGCAGGAUUUGCCGGUAGACAAUAUUUUCUUAGAUUUGUCAAGUCAGGAGGACAUGAUAUUUCUGGACUCCAAGGAUUGCCUUUUCAGGGAGAAGAAGAAGUAGUUAUCCCUCCAGGAAAAUGUUUCAAAGUCGUUGCUUUUGGUUCUUCUCAAUGGUGGCAAGAUUUAAAGGGAUCUAUUUACGCUCUCAAUAAUAGGGAUAUUACUUUUAUUGAAUUAUUGAAAGUGAAAUGUCCAAAGAAUAAUGAAUUUAAAAUGAGAAGUGACAUUUUAUCGAGUCCCAGCUAUUCGGAAUUGGAACAGUUGAAAGGAGCACAUGAUAUAAAUAUGAAUCAUUAUGAAUUUUCAAAGAGAGAACCAUUCAAAAUGAAACAAAAUGUUGGCGUUCCAUCCACAUGGACCUGUCAUCCUUCCUAUUACAAUGCAAGUGAUGGAUGUGAUUGUGGUUGUGGUUGUGGUGCAUGGGAUCCAGAUUGUAAUGAAAAGAAAACUCUUUUGGUGGGAUAUUGUUCUUCACAAACCAUUACUUCCUAUGCCUUUGGAUGUUUGGACUCUCAAUAUUGUGAUACGAGUACUGGAACAUGUAAAGAUAAAAAGAAUGUGCCAUCCACAUGGACCUGUGAUCCUUCGUAUUAUAAUGCCAGUGAUGGAUGUGAUUGUGGAUGUGGUGGAGUGUUGGAUCCUGAUUGUUUAGAUCCUCAACAAGAAGUGUUGAAUUGUCCUUGUUUGACCAUGAAUUGUACUUUGGGUUAUUGCACUGGUGAAUGCUUGGGAAUUCAAAUUGUGGCAAUGAAUGCCAAUAAUAAUGAUGGACCAAAUCCCAAUCCAGGAGAUAAUGCUGCUGUUGAGGGCUAUUAUGGAGCUGGAGUAUUGGCUGGAAGUAUCAUUGCUUCGUUUGUCGGUGGUUUUGGUGUGAGCAUGUUGUUGAUUGUAUUGAUUUAUCAGUUGGUGAGUUUGAGAAAUAGAAAGAUGCAAAACAUCCUCACAAGUCAGAACAAUCUGUCGUGGAGAUGGACCGUUAUUAAGGUUAUUGUGUACACUUUUCACACGGCAUUCAAUAUUAUGUGA